UGGCCCUGGACAUGCUGCAGAAGUUUCUAGUCUUGUCGCUGUUAUCAACCUUCAUCAUUUCUAUCAUUAAUUAUUAUCAGCCACCUUUAGCAUUCACGCCCACCGAGACGUCAAACGGUUACGAGAUGAACAAAAACGACCCGGAGAAAUCGCCGGACGCAGCGAGCGGUGGCACGGAGGCCCGUGGCCGUCUCUCCGACUGUACCUUGGCAGAGGUCGCUGAGAGAACUGGUGUGGUGAUACUCACCACAACAAACACCGCCUUCUUGGACAUGACAUUAAACAUGUUCGAGAGCAUCAAACGGCUCCGACUCUGCAUCAACGCCACUAUCAUUGCCGAGGACCAGCGGGUUUACGAGUACCUACACCAACUGCUCGAAGGUGAUCCGGGAAUUCACGUGCUCAAGACCAACUCUGGAGAGAUGGGUGAGGAGGAACUCGAUUUCAUCCAUAAUCGCCCGAAGUACUAUGGUCUCAUGAACAAACGCCAGGCCUAUAUCCUUACUCUAUUGGAGCAGGGCUUGGAGGUUCUCUUUACCGAUACCGACACCUACUGGUUCCGAGAUCCCCUUCCAUACUUCCACGGAGACUUUGACAUGUACAUGGUAGACCUAGACGCUUACUCCCCUCGUCGGAAUAAAGGACCUGCACGGAUAAAUUUCUGUGCCGGUUUCGUUCACUUCAAACCAACGAAGGAGACACUUCGGUUCGUUGAGGCGUGGAUCCAGACCAUGACCACUCAUCAAAGGAGGGGGCAGCAUAUACCGGACCAGGUAGUCAUGAACGACCUGCUCCGUGAGCGUAAGCCGGUCAGAAUCAAGGUCCAGCCUCUGGACAGCAAUCUGUUCCCGUGGGGAGAAAGAUUUUAUGAAAUGCUAGCUCAAGGGAAGAACUAUCCCACAGUGGUGAUGCAUGCUGCCACUAUCCGGGGUCACAAAGCCAAAGUCGAAAAAUUUCGAAGUUCAGGGAUGUGGCUGGUCAGUAACACGAGCGAGGAGUUGUUGAAUUUGGGGGUGUAAUUUAGCGCUAUCGCCACUGCAGUGUAGUAACAGAGAUCUUAUAUCUUUA